AUGGACGAUGUGCCUGCCUGCUGCACAUCUGAGCCGCUGUCGCUGUUCCAGAUCUUCACAGGCCGCAUUCAUACUGCUCUGGGCCAGCUCAGCGACACCAUGACUUUACUCAAUGAGACGAGCAGGACUUCCUCUUCCUUCUCCAACUCCUCCUCCCCUACUUCCCUCCCCACCUCCUCCUCCUCCCUCCCUGACCCCAAUUUAUUAGCCUUCCUUGCCCAGGACCCUUCUUCACUCUCCUCUUCCUCCCCCAUCUCGUUUCCUACCCACUCCUUUGUCCUGUCUCCCUCCAACUGCUCCAGCUCGCCGUCUCCUUCAUCACCACCGUACAACUUCUAUGCCGUGCUGCUUGUGCUUGUGAUCUUCUGCGUGGUGUUCGGCAACGUGCUGGUGUGCGUGGCAGUGUCGCGAGAGCGCGCCCUGCAGACCACCACCAACUACCUCAUCGUGUCGCUGGCGGUGUCCGACCUGCUGCUGGCCACACUGGUCAUGCCAUGGGGCGUUUACCUGGAGGUGGUGGGUGAGUGGCCUUUCAGUCUGAUCCACUGCGACAUCCUCCUGACGCUGGACGUCAUGAUGUGUACUGCCAGCAUCCUCAACCUGUGUGCCAUCAGCAUCGACAGAUACACAGCAGUGGCCAUGCCAAUGCUGUACAAUACCAGGUACAGCUCCCGGAGAAGAGUGGCUGUGAUGAUUGCAGUGGUUUGGUUUCUCUCCUUCGCCAUAUCCUGCCCCCUACUGUUCGGCCUCAAUAACACAGCAAGCCGGGAGGGGACCAAAUGUAGUUUUGCUGACCCGGCGUUUGUGGUGUACUCAUCAGUGGCCUCCUUCUAUGUUCCUUUCAUCGUGACGCUGUUGGUGUAUGCGCAGAUCUGCGUGGUUCUGCGCCGGCGAGGUCGACGUACCGCCCCACCCUGCAGGCACAGCCUGCACACCCAUGGAGGGGCUGAGGCUGGGGAGGGCCCGCGGCAUAGGAAGAACAAGUGUACACACCCGGAAGACGUAAAACUGUGUAGCAUGAUUCUACGGCCACAUACUGCAGCCCCCCAACGCAAAAAAGUGACAUUGGUGAAGGAGGCAAUGGUGCACCCCCUUGAGGUGGAGCCACGUCAGUUCCUGUCCAUGGCUGAGCAGAGCUCAGCUCUUCCCCCACCGGUCCCUCAACCUGCUUCCCACUCGGGACGCUCCAGGAUUGCCCUGUCCAUCUCGGUAGGGCCCUCCCCAGUCUUGCCCUCUGCCACCACACGAUCAGCUCUGAUGCCACGUCCGGCCACGCUGGAGGAUGGCAUGAGAGGCUGCGAGCGAUGGAGGGAGAGCAGUAGAGGACGAGAGAAAGGGAGUUUCACCAAGGAGAGGGUGAGAGGGAGGCUGUCCCAACAGAAGGAGCGGAAGGCGACACAGAUGCUGGCUAUUGUGCUCGGGGUCUUCAUCAUCUGCUGGCUGCCGUUUUUUCUGACCCAUGUUCUGAAAGCCCACUGUCGGAGCUGCUGCAUCUCCCCCUCCCUGUACAGUGCCGUCACCUGGCUGGGGUAUCUCAACAGUGCCGUCAACCCUGUCAUCUACACCACCUUCAACAUUGAGUUCCGCAAAGCCUUUAUCAAAAUCCUGCACUGCUGA